AUGAGUGACAAACCGGCGGCGGAAGGGGCCAAGAAGAACGAAGGCGACUGGGUCGAGAUGGAUGGCGGAGAUGGUGGGAAAAGAUUCCAGGUGAAUCGUGUUGAUUCCACGGCUGGCGGAUCUGCGCAGGCUGACUCCAGAGAGGAGAACACGGACUUGUUGACGACCCACUACAAUGCCCAGAAUCAAACUUACACGUACGACACGAGGUACCUGAGGUCCUUGCGCCAUGUCACCAUGGAAGCGUUCCCGAAGGAAAAUCAUUACCGGGAUUUGAUGUCAAUAGCGCGUGGCGGCGGCAGUUUCCGACCGACGCUUGAUGACCUGCACGGCAGCACAGUCCGCGAAAAACCGAAGAGCGGCGUUCAGCCGGAAGACGAAGAUCCAUCUGCAAAAAAAGGAAAAGUUAUCAAGUUCGGUUGGCUAGAAGGAGUUUUCGUGAGUAUCAUGAGUCGUGUUUCGAAUUAUGGUGACAUGCGAUGUCUUUUGAAUAUCUGGGGUGUAAUGCUCUUCCUGCGACUCACGUGGGUCGUCGGGCAAGCUGGAAUUGGACUUGGCACGGCUGUUAUCCUGCUUUGCAAUCUGAUCACGUUUAUCACCGCAAUUUCGAUGUCUGCUGUCAGUACGAACGGACAAAUCAAAGCCGGUGGAAUUUAUUACAUGAUCAGUCGAAGUUUGGGACCGGAGUUCGGAGGAGCAAUUGGGUUGAUGUUCACUCUGUCGAAUUCAAUUUCUUGCUCUAUGUACAUCAUUGGAUUCUGCCUAUCCCUCCAAGAUUUGUUGAAAAACGAAUUCAACACGCGAAUUAUUGACGACGGGCCGUCGGACAUCCGUGUCGUCGGCGUUGCCAACACUGGUUGUCAUUCUUGGAAUAGCACUUGUUGGGAUGGAUUGGGUGACGAGGCUGACGUCUGGAACUCAAAUACUGCACCAGAUUUCGUACCCUCUGAAGGCGAGCAGCAAGACUUCUUCUCAGUGUUCGCUGUAUUUUUCCCGGCAGUCACUGGAAUUGUUGCAGGAGCGAACUUGAGCGGAGAUUUGAAGGACCCCGGAUCUGCCAUCCCGCUCGGAACUCUGUUGGCGAUUGGCGUUACCUGUGUUUCGUACGUCGGAUAUGGAUUGAUGGUCGGCGGAUCAUGCAUGAGACGUGCAACGGGUGAUGUUUGCGACUUGUAUAGUGGAACGGAUUAUGCGUGCGAGGGCAAUGCUACGAAACCGACGCUGAGCAUUGCUGACUACGUGAAUAGCAAUGCCUUCAAAUGCAACGCGACGGGCGAUGAUGCUUGCAAAUUCGGUUUGCAGUUUGAUAAUCAGGCCAUGGCGGCGAUGUCUGCGUGGGAGCCGUUGAUAUAUGGUGGCUGUUUUGCUGCAACUCUGUCUUCCGCCAUUGCCAGCUUGGUUGGAGCUCCUCGUGUUUUUAUGGCGCUCGCCAAAGAUCGCUUAUACCCAGGAAUUCAUUUUUUUUCGGUUGGUUAUGGAGCUAAUAAUGACCCUGUCAGAGCCGAACUGAAUGCUGUUGGUACCCUCACGUCGAAUUUCUUCCUGGCCGCGUAUGCGCUCAUCAACUUCUCCGUUUUCCAUGCGAGCAUCACGAAAUCUCCGGGAUGGAGACCUUCAUUCAAGUUUUACAAUGCGUGGGUUGCUCUUUUCGGAACCGUCCUUUGUGUGGCCACCAUGUUUCUGAUCAACUGGACCACGGCGUUGAUUACAUUUGGAAUCACAAUAACUCUCUACUUAUAUGUGUCUUACCGUAAACCAGAGGCUAACUGGGGAUCCAGCAACCAGGCUCAAACGUAUAACGCUGCUUUGAAAGCAGUGCAUGAGCUGGAUCAGUUGCAAGAGCACGUCAAGAAUUAUAGGCCACAGUUGCUCGUCUUGUCUGGACUUCCUUCGACUCGUCCGCCUCUCAUUGACUUCGCGAACAUGAUAACCAAGCAUAUGUCACUGAUGGUUGUGGGCCAAGUGAUCAAAGGCCCAGUAAAGCAGAGUGUGAAAAAUCAUUACAUGCGCAAGGCUCAGGCCUGGUUCACUCGUCAUAAGAUCCGCGGGUUUUUCAACGUGAUAGACGAAGAAGAUUUCGAGAAGGGGGCCAAUGCUUUGAUUCAGCUUGCUGGUAUCGGUCGACUGAAGCCGAACAUGCUGUUACUCGGGUUCAAAGCUGACUGGAGAGUUGCCCCAAAAGAUGAGCUGGUUUAUUACGUCAAUACCAUCCAUGCGGCUUUUGACAGCUACCUGGCGGUAGGAAUUCUGAGAUUGAAAGACGGACUGGAUUAUUCCAAUAUGGUUGAGAACGAUGAGGAAGAAUCGGGACAACAGAAGGACGAAAAGGCGCUCGUGUAUAAUCUGUCUGCGGAUCAGCUAUCACAAGCUGGUGCUGACGAUAGCCCACCGGCUUCUCCAAAGCAAUCCCGUUCCAACAACGGUGUGGUAGAACUUGAGAAAGGCAAGAAAUCGAAGAAAAAGCGUCGCUCAUCCGUGUCUGAAUUAUUUCGCGGUCCUGGUGGAGCAGAGCUUCCCGAAAAUAUUCUUCACAAUCUAACGCGAUUCCGACAGAAGCAGCCGAAAGGUUUCAUCGACGUUUGGUGGCUGUAUGAUGACGGAGGUUUGACCAUUUUGAUUCCUUACAUCUUGAACAACCGCUCGCAGUGGCGUGACUGCAAAUUGAGGAUAUUCUCGCUAGCAUCAUCAAAAGGCGAAUUGGAACAAGAACAGAGAAGCAUGGCAGCGUUGUUGACUAAAUUCAGAAUUGACUACAGUGACGUCAUUGUGAUUUCGGAUGUGCAAAAGAAAGCACAAGAUUCUACGAAGGACUACUUCAAUUCCCUAAUUCAACCAUUCCGUGAAACAGAAACCACAGACAAUUCGGCGUCCAAUCCAGCCUUGGUUGUGAGUGAAGCUGAAAUGCUUAGUAUGCGCGACAAGAACAACCGUCAUAUGCGUUUGCGUGAACUGCUGCAACACCAUUCUUCUGCUGCGUCAUUAGUUGUCAUGACUCUGCCGAUGCCGAAGAAGAAUACCGUUUCAGCUCCGCUGUAUAUGGCUUGGUUGGAAAUGUUAACGAAGGACAUGCCUCCGUUCCUGAUACUGAGAGGAAAUCAGACCUCCGUCCUUACCUUCUAUUCCUAACUUUCCCAAGAUUUUUAUUCUCGUGUUCCUGUGUUGCAAUUAAUGCAAACAACGCUUGAAUCGCGAUACGACCUGAAAUUCAGGAAAAAUUUUUCCGCUCAGGAGGUGUCAUUGCCGAUGAGACAUUCCCGAUGAAUCUGGGAACUAAUCCUUCUCGUCAUUUUUGACUAAAAGUUUGAUGAUGCUCGGCGUUUAUAUCUUCAAUCAAAACCAAUGGUGAAUUAUCCCCUUCUUCCGUCAUCGCUCUAUAUGUAUAUAUGUAAUGCUCCCCCCCCCC